AUAUAUCUAUGAUAAGAUCUAUAAUGGAUUAUGGUUGUAUGGUAUAUGGUUCUGCAAAUAAAUCUCAUUUGAUUAAAAUAGAAAGAAUUCAAUCUCAAGCACUAAGAAUUUGCUGCGGAGCAUAUUCUACUUCUCCAGUUUCGGCUCUUCAGGUAGAGAUGGGUGAAAUGCCUUUGCAGAUAAGAAGACAGCAAUUAAUGGCAUCUUACUGGGCAAAUUUGAGAGGACAGAGAGAGGAUCAUCCAACAAGAAAAGUAUUGAGUCCUAGUUGGGAACAUGAGAAGAGAAAGUGUAAUAGUUUUGGUUGGAGUGUGGGGAAAUUAGUUAGAGAUAUGAGAUUGGAGGAGGUUGGAUGUGCUCCAAUAAUUCCUUUAUCUCCAGUACCAUUAUGGGUUAUGCCCCAACCAGAAGUAGAUUUAAGGUUAUUAGAAAAAAGACAAAAGGAAGGUUCAUAUGAAACAGAAGUAUAUAAUGUAAGGGAAUAUAUUGGGUCAAGAUAUGGGGAAUAUGUGCACAUUUUUACAGAUGCAUCAAAAGAUUCAAAAACUGAUCAUGUGGGUUUUGCAUUCAUUAUUCCAAAGGUUAAAGUGUAUAAGAAUAAAAGGAUAACAGAUUGUUUAUCGGUGUAUACUGGAGAGAUGUAUGCAAUAAUUAUGGCAAUAAGGUGGAUUAGGGAAGUUAAAAUAGCCAAGGCAGUAAUAUGUUCAGAUUGUAGUUCAGCUCUAAUAAGUUUGAAGGAGAUGAAAUCAGAAACAAGACAGGAUAUGGUAAUAGAGAUAAUUCAAGAAUUACAUUCAAUCAAACAAGCUAGUUUAGAGGUACAGUUUUUGUGGGUUCCAGCUCAUAUUGGGUUGAGAGGUAAUGAGGAGGCUGAUGCAUUAGCAAAAAAGGCAAUAGAACGAGAAAUAGUAGAUAUACAGAUUUUAUAUAGUAGGUCAGAAAUUAAGUCAAUUAUUAAAAGGAAUAUUCUGAAAAUAUGGCAGCAAUAUUGGGAUAAUGAAAUAAAAGGUAGACAUAUGCAUCAAAUACAGUCAAUAGUGGGUAAAGGAAGAGGUAGGAGUAGAUAUGAGGAGAAUAUGAUUACAAGAUUAAGAUUGGGGCAUACAAGAUUGAAUAGUACAUUGCAUUUAAUAGGUAAGAAUCCAACAGGUUUAUGUGAGGCAUGUGAAGUUAGUGAAACAGUUGAGCAUGUAGUAAUGCACUGCAGGAGAUAUAAUGUAUAAAGGAAAGAGUUGAAGAAGGAAUUAAAUAAUAUAGGGGUUAAGUUUACAAUUAAAAAUGUAUUAAAGUCAGAUAGGAGUAUAAUAAAUUUAAUGGUAGAAUAUAUGGGAAAUACUGGGUUAAAUAAGCGUAUUUAAAUGAGGAAGGGUUUAUUUAAGGUUUUUUUAUUUUUUUAUUAUUAAUUUUUUUUUUUUCCUUCUCUGUCAUGGGGGCUGAGAGUGGACGGAGUAGCUGAACACGCAGCGCCGGAUGAAACUCUAUGAAGCCUCGGUGCGGACACCCAUUGUGCUGUCCUUCGUACACGUGAUACCGCUGCACAUGGUCUAGAUGCGGACAUAUAAAAGAAAAAGUAACCGUGGUGCUUAUACAGUGCAAGCUCUACAAAAUGAGAUUCGAGGGGAAUUCAUCUGUGAAAUGUGCAUGGAUGAACAGUGAAUGGCUAAUGAAUUAAUGUGUAUUUAUUUAUUUAUUAUUUGUUUGCAUGGCUCAGUUAUAUGUAUAAAUAAUUGUUAAAAUGGCUGUGAAUGGCUAAUGAAUUAAUGUUUGUUUAUUUAUUUAUU